AUGGUGAGAAAGUUGCAGCAGAAAGACGUGAAGAAAAGGGUUAAGAAGUCCACAAAGCGCAUGCCGUUCCAGCCGAGCCCUCGCACCAUCCAGCCUCGAUCGAUGAAAGAUCGGCAGCAGAUGUGGUGCUUGGCUGGCCUGCGGCACUUGAGGGCCCCGAUUGUUUUGGCGACCCUGGUGAAUCUUGUCUUCAGCAUCCCGCACUUGGAUUGGGACAGUCCUUGUCAACAUCUUGAGACGUUUGCUGGAGAUUGUCAGGAGGGAAGAAAGGCCAUCCCGAUUGAUGUGAGAUACAACGCGGAGACCAUGAACAUGUUGACAGAGACCGGGUUUGGCCGGGCCUUGAGCAAAGUACGUUCCAAACACCAGAAGAGGAACUACCGCCUCGCUGUGCAAUUUUUGCGUGCAGCGAAGAAAUCGACCAAUGAGUUUGAUACCCGACCACGCAUCAACAAGAUGUGGUCCAAACAUUGUCAGCUUCAAACGUCCCCCAGCUCUUCUGCGUCUUGUGGACUUCGUGUCAACUUUGCUAAGAAGCCAGUUGAGGUAAAGAAAGACCAGCUGAAGUCAAAGUCUAAGGGCAGUAAGAGUGCGAAGGAGCAGAAAGGACCAGCUAAAGACACAGGAAAGCACGAGAAGGAGAAGCAGAAGGAAAAGAUGGAGAAACAGAAGGAAAAGAAUGAGUCAAAGGAGAAGCAUGAGUCAAAGGAGAAGAAGGCGUCAAAGGAGAAAAAGGAGUCAAAGGAGAAGAAGGAGAAGGAGUCGAAAGAGAAGAAGGAGAAGGAGUUGAAAGAAAAGAAGGAGAAGGAGUUGAAAGAAAAGAAGGAGAAGGAGUCGAAAGAGAAGAAGGAGAAGGAGUCAAAAGAGAAGAAGGAGAAGGAGUUGAAAGAAAAGAAGGAGAAGGAGUUGAAAGAGAAGAAGGAGAAGGAGUUGAAAGAAAAGAAGGAGAAGGAGUCGAAAGAGAAGAAGGAGAAGGAGUUGAUGCAGAAGAAAGAGAAGGAGAAGCAGAAGAAGGAGGCAGAGUCCAAGGACAGGCAGAAAGAUGGCAAGGAGAAGGGACAGAAGGUUCUGCCGGCCAAUGCGAAGAAGACUGAGACUCAAGAGGCGAAAGAAAAUAAGAAGGGCACACGAAAGGAAAGCAGGCAAAACGAGGAGCAGAAGGAGAAGGACGCGAAGAAGGAACGAAUGCCUGAGGAGAAGAAGGUACGACAUAGAAAGGAUGAUGACAAAGAAGAUGGGUCAAACAAGAAAGAGAAAAAGAGCAAAGAGGACAAGAUCAAGUAUGUGCCAUGUGUCAAGCGACAGAUUGAACCAAUCUUUGAGACCCCAGAUGCCAAAAGACAAAAAGCUGAAGAACGCCUUCAGGAACUGGUUGAGACCUUUGGUGGCAUGGACACGCCUGAUGAUUCGUUCCUUGAUGAUGAUGGUGAGACCACUACGUCGUCUUGCAGAAAGAUCUUGGCAGGAGACUUACAAGGUUGCGUGUCACAGGCCGACACAGAGGAUGAGGAGGAAGAAGCAGAAGAAGAGAACACAGAUGAGGAGGAGUCUGACGAAGAAGAAGAGACAGGAGAAGAGGAAGAGACGAAGGAAGACGCAGUUCCUCAAGAAAAUGAGCAGGGAUCCGAGGACGAGGAGGAAGAGGAUGUUGCUGGAGACAACGGAGACAACAGCAGCAGUGAUGACACCAGCAGCGAUGAUGGCGGUAAGGCAUGUGACAUCGACCCCAGCAGCGAUGAUGAAAGCGAGGAACAAAAGGAGGAGGACACAAGCAAUGAGCAGAGCGAGACAGCAGUGCCAAGUGAGCACCAGCUAGUUGCAGUGACAGAAGAGACAAAGGAGACUGCCCUUGCCCUUCGCAACAGCAGCACGAACAAGAGGGAGUGGGACGCGUUUGUGCGUUCUGCACAGAACAAGAAGAAAUUUCCUUGUCAACUUGCAGAGUAUUACAGUAGCUCAAAGGUCGAGUUAUUUAACCUUUGGCUUGACCACAAAGGCGACUGGGAAGAAACCAAGUUGGCAGUGGAGAGAAAAAUGGAGGCAAAGCACACCAGCAAGCAGGGCUGGAAAGCGGUGCAGGGCAAAGACUUGCGGGGCAAAUAUGAUGAGACCAAAUUCAACAAGCUGAUCCAAUCCCGACGGGAUGCAGGCCUGUACUAUGAAGACCCGGAUUUUCCGGGGGAUGUCGAUGAAGCCUGCCUGGCAACCACGCAGGAGUGUUGGUACUUCAUGCGUCAAGGACAUGAGUUCAAGCGGGAGGAUAUCACCAAGGAGAGCAUGGCAUUGAAGGCUUCAUCUAAUGUUGAUUCAGACCUACGAAGUGCCUUGAUCGACGAAGAAUCCGGCAUCUUGAGACCAGGCCUCCUGCCACAAGUCCACACUGCGACAAGUGCUGGAGCGAAGAAUCUCCUGGGUUCCAUUUGCCAGGUGCAAGCUGCACCGAAGAAAGCACCAAAGAAAAAGGAGGAGCAAAUGGAAAAGGUUGGACCCAAAACAGUGAGAGAGCUUGCUGUGGAGAAAAUGCCAGACAUGCUCAAAGAUGCUGGGCAGUCCAUCAAGUUGGACGGCGUGGCAUACGCUGGUGAUCUUGCGAAAGAGCUCCUGAGCUUGGCUGAGGAGCUUGAAGGGCUGUACCAAUCCAUGCAAAAAGCUUUGAAGGGAAAGGAUGAAGCGAUCAUCUCCAAUCUUCUUGAGAAGGUGAAAGCAAAAGAGGAUGCUAAUGAAAAAGCCAAGGCUGGGCUGGGACGACUCCCUGCAGGGUUCAUCUCCAUUUCUUGA